AUGAAGAUGUUCCUAAGUCUGUUGGCACUGGUAGCUUUCUGCACUGAACAAACAAAAACAGAUGGACUUGUUCGACUGAAUGAAGGGAUUAUAGUUGGCAAGGGACAGUAUUCAUUUGUGACAGAUAAUGACUUGCAGUUCAACAUACCUAAAGCUAAAGAUUCCUGCAAGGUGGAAGUUGUAUUGAAUGAGCCAGUAACUCAACGUGUUGGCAAGUUAACUCCUCAGGUUUUUGACUGUCACUUCCUCCCCUAUGAAGUGAAGUACACCCAUAACGGCUGCCCUCUACUCAAAGAAGAUAAUGUGAUGUUAAGAGUUUACAGAUUCACUGAAUCUCAGACUUCUAUGGAAACAUUUCUUUUGAAUGUAAAAAUUACAGAACCUAAAUCCAGUCUCAUCAGGUUUGGAUUAGUUGGGCUUCAGGUGCAACAAUUUUAUGGAAUAUCAAAUCCCAUUGACAAAAGUGUUGUGUCUUUCAAGUACAAUGUAAACAGUGUCAGCGCAAUUUGUACAGUAAUGAUCUUAUCGACUGAGGUUCUCCUUCCAGUCCGUGGACAGCUGGUUGUUGAUGAUCCGAGGCACCUUGGAGCUGCACACAAACAGAAUACUACAAAAGUACUUAUUGACAAUUUUAAUUCUUCAGUAAGACAGGCUGGGGCUUUAUGUCCCAGCAGCAAGGUGUGCCCUACUGGUGUUAAAGAAAUACGAUUCUUAAAGACUGACUGUGAAGAUUUCUUAACAAUGGGACUGAAGUAUCAACAUCUCAGCGCACCCUCUCCUGAGACUGACUAUAUUCCAAUUAGAGUAGAGGUCAAAGAUGAAAGGAGCAGAUUCCCACUUCAGGUAGAAAAUGCUUGGCUUCAGGUUGUCAUAAAAGGUGCAAUACAAAAUCAGCAACCAAAAGCAGCCUUCAUGUCAAUGUACAUCCUGGAGGUUGAUCAAUUCAUCUUGACACCAAUGAGCGUUGCCACAAUUGACGCAGAGGAUGAUGAGACCCCAAAGGACAGGUUGAUAUUCAACAUCACCAAGCCUCCUGAUGAAGGGUACCUAACUCAUUUGGAUGACCAUACUAAACCCAUCAUUUCAUUCAGCUGGCAGGAUUUGUAUGAAAUGAAAAUAGCAUACCAACCACCUAACAAUAGCUAUCCUGAAAGACAAAAUUAUGAGGUUGAGUUUAAGGCUAUAGACACAUUUUUCAUGGCCAGUGCUUCCAUCAUUGUUCAUUUUUCGAUCAGAACAGCAGAUACUAAUGCACCAAGGGUUUCUUGGAAUAUGGGUCUGGACUUACUGGAAGGUCAGUCUCGACCAAUUACUUGGGAUAAUUUCCAGAUAGUGGACAAUGAUAAUAUGAAUGCUGUACGCUUAAUAGCAGUUGAAGGUUUGCAUCAUGGACGGCUCACAGUCAGAGGUUCCAAGGGAUUCAUGUGUAGCAUAAAAGACAUUACGGAUGGAUUUGUGCACUAUCACCAUGACGACAGUGAUACAACCAAAGAUUAUAUUGUAUUCCGAAUCUUUGAUGGUAAACACUCAACAAGACACAAGUUUCCAAUUAAUAUCUUGCCCAAAGAUGACAGUCCUCCCUUCUUAAUUAACAAUCUUGCUAUUGAACUAGCAGAAGGAGAGGCUAAAUUAAUAGAGGACCAUAUGUUACUGUCUUCUGAUUUGGAUUCUAGUGAUGACUACAUUUUGUACAAGAUUAUAAUUCUACCACAAGCUGGAGAGAUUGUGAAAAAAAUGGCACCCAAUCUACCAGGGCAUCCUGUAAACAGCUUUCUGCAGCGAGAUCUAUUCCAUGGUCUGAUUUAUUAUCAUCAUUUUGGAAGUGAGAUUUUUGAGGAUUCAUUUGAGUUCAUUCUAUCUGAUAGCCAUGAACCUCCCAACCUUUCAGACCCCCAGAUGGCAUUAAUCCAUAUAACUGCAGUGAAGGACCAGUUGCCAAAAGAAGUUGAUGGUACAACGCGUUACUUGGUAGUGAAAGAAACAGAAAUUAGACACAUCACCAAGAAUCAUCUUCACUUCACAGACACGGAGUCCCCAGAGAAUGAACUGAUGUUUAUAAUAACUAAACCCUGUUUCUUUCCAACUAAGCAGAGAAUACCUGAUGCAGGCAAAAUUGUUUUCACAGACAGCACAGAAAAUAUGAAGAAGGAUCCUUCUGUCCCCAUGCUGAAAUCCUUUACACAGCAUGCUGUGAACCACAUGAAAGUAGCAUACAUGCCUCCUCAAGGGGAUAUUGGACCUCAUCCUCUAUUGGUACAGUUUGUGUUUUCUGUCAAUGAUCAACAGGGAGGUUCCUUGACAGAACUUGUCUUCAACAUAACUGUUAUGCCUGUGGACAACCAACCACCUGAGAUUUUCACAAAUGAAAUAAAAGCAGAGGAAGGUUCGGGCUGCUCGAUCACUAGAGACAAUUUGAUGGUGACAGACAAGGAUACAAUUGAUGAGGAUCUUCGAAUCCAACUACGACAAAAACCACAACACGGAGAGAUUGAGUUGCAGGGAAACAUCAUGCUGGAGGGUGACAUGUUUAUGCUGGAUGACCUCAAAUCCUUUCAAGUCAGGUACAAACAUGAUGAUUCAGAGACACUGAAUGAUUUAGUCGUAUUUACAGCCACAGAUGGAUUUAACACUGCAGAUGGGGCGCUGAGAGUAAAGAUUAUACCAAUUAAUGAUGAACCUCCAGAGCUACAGCCACAUUUAAAAUCUGGACUACAAUGUCAUGAGGGAGAAAGGGUCUUGAUUACCUCGGAGUACCUUUAUGCUACAGAUGCUGACAGUGACGAUAUGAAGCUGAUGUACAUGAUUGCUCGUUCACCAUUAUAUGGAGUGGUACAAAGGAACAAUGUCAUUGUUGACAAAUUCUCACAACUGGAUAUCAUCGAAGGGUCAAUUUCUUAUUGGCAUACUGGUGGUGAAAUAGGAUAUAGUCCUUGCAUGGACACUGUAACAGUAAUUGUCUCUGAUGCAGAAGGUGGCACAGUGGAUAGCUGCUGUUAUGAUGGACCUCUUCCACCUCCAGUGCCACUCCACGGCUCUCUCCCUAUCUAUGAUCUUAACAUCACUGUAAUGCCAGUCAACAAUCAAUCUCCCACAAUUAACGUUGGAGACGUGUUUAUAGUGGAUGAAGCAUCACAAACCAGUUUGCAGUUGGAUUUCCUCUCUGCCACAGAUGAGGACACUAUCUCAGAGGAACUAAUCUUUGAACUGGAAAGUUUGCCCCAAUAUGGAUAUCUGGAGAACGUACUACCAUCACCAGGAUACGAGAAGAGCAAUGCUGGAAUAAACAUAGCUUCCUUCAGUCUGCAGCACCUCAGGGCAGGUUACAUCAACUAUGUCCAGUGUAGGCAUAACCAGAUGGAGCCCACAGCUGACCACUUUAUGGUAUCUGUUAGUGACGCUGUACAUAAAUCCAUGGCAGUGCCGUUUUAUGUCAUCAUCAACCCAAUCAACGAUGAAACUCCAGAUUUGCAGCUGGGAAACAUCACUAUAUUAGAGGGCGAUAUAUGUGAGAUUGGUCCUGGAGUGCUGAAUGCUGUAGAUAUAGAUGUUCCUUGCGACACACUGACCUUCUCAGUGGUUAGCCCCCCAUCACAUGGAGUGCUCCUGAAUGGCAUCUAUGGCACUGAUAUUGCCACAUACAGACGGGUGAAUGCUGAAGUACUAUAUCACAGUCUGCCAGUACACAACUUUAGCAUGGAUGAACUCAAACAAGGAAUGAAGCUCAUGUACAUGCACGAUGACACAGAAACCCUGAAGGAUUUUUUUACCAUUCAGUUGACAGAUGGCAAGCACAUGGUCCAUGGGACGGUAUACAUCAGUGUUAUAUCAGUCAAUGAUGAGGGGCCGGUUAUUUUAAAGAACACUGGAUUGGAAGUGGAAAUGGGAGAAAACAAGGUGAUAUCCAGUGUGGCUUUAGAAGCUGAAGACAAGGACACACCACGAUUUGAGCUUUACUAUAUUAUCAACAGUGUGCCUGUAUUUGGACAGCUGCAGUUAAAGACUAUGUUUGAAUGGAUUAGACUUUACCCAGGCAUGAAUUUUAGUCAAGAAGAUAUCGAUAUGAACCGACUCUGGUAUCUCCACACCACCAUUGUGGGAUCAACAGGCCAUGACAGCUUCCGUUUCCAUGUUACAGAUGGGGAUAAUUCUUCACCUUCACAGAAUUUUUAUGUAUCAUUAAAAAAUACGAAGAAAGGUGAUAUUGUCGUACUCACCAAACCUGUAACUUUAACAGAGGGUGACAGGGUCACCUUGACGACAGAUGUUCUCAUGGCAACAGAUGGCACUGGCAAACCCAAAGAGCUGUUGUAUGCCAUCUCUGUGCCACCUGCACAUGGUCAGAUCGAGUACAUCAAUUAUCCUGGAUUGGCCAUUUCCAGUUUCAGCCAGUUGGAGGUAGCAGCCCAGAAGGUCUGCUACAACCAUGACAACAGUCGUGAUGCCAACACGGACGGAUUCAGAUUUUUUGUCAGCAACGGAAUGACUGUUAAAAACAGCUCCAUGAAGUUUAACAUUGAGCGCACUGACCGUGUCCUGCCCACUCUAGUUAAUAAUAAAGGACUUCAGUUACCAGAUGGAGCCAUGAUGGUCAUCCCUCCUGAUAACCUUCAACUUGCAGAUCCAGACACACCCCUGAUAAACUUAACUUACAUUAUUAUACAGCCUCCUCAGUAUGGCAACCUAUACUUAGGGAGAAAUAUUCUUUCCCAGGACCACUUCACACAGCUGGAUGUAAAUAAUUUGGACAUUUCGUACAAGCACAAUGUUGGGCCCUCUGAGCUUGACCACUUUACAUUCAUGGCUUCUGAUGGAACCAAUCAUGGGUUUUUAGUCAAUGGCCAGAUGAGAGAGGAGCCUGUUAUAUUCAGCAUACAGGUGGAAUACAUUGACAAGGCUUCUCCCUUUAUCCUGAUCAAUCAAAGCCCAACUACAGUUGAUAAUCUGAGAGACAGACGAUUUGGUAUCUAUAUCACUGCACGCCACUUAAAAGCCUCAGACGUGGCCAGCAAAGAUGAAGAGUUGAUCUACACGAUUCUCCGCCCACCUUAUUAUGGAUAUUUGGAAAGCGUAAAUACAGGUGAAUACAUUCGAGGCACAUUCACCCAGAAAGAUGUGGACAGACGUGCAGUUCGCUAUGUAAUCAAUCCCUCUAUAGAUCUGACAUCUGACAGCUUUGAGUUCAAAAUAUCUGACACUGCUGGAAAUUCUAAUGUUCCAGAAAUAAUGGAGCUGAAGUGGUCCCGGAUUGAAAUGGCUUCCAGUUGCUAUAAAGUUUGUGAAGACAUAGGAACUCUCUCCAUUAAGGUGAUCAGGAAAGGAUACAGUGCCGAUCCCUCUUAUGUUACUAUAAAGGUUCAGGAGUUAACAGCAACAGUUGGCAGGGACUUCACUCACAGCUCAGCAAGCUUAAUUCAGUUUGAUCCUGGUAUUUCCAUGAAAGUGUGGAAUAUUUUUAUUAAAGAUGAUGGGCUUGAAGAGAACCAUGAAAAAAUGCAAGUGAUGUUAAUGAAACCAAUGAAUGCCAUCAUUGGACAGAAAGAUACCUCUUUGGUGGAAAUUAUAGAUAUGCAUGAAGGGAGGUGUAAUCCAGCUGAUCUGAGAAGUGGUGAAAAUAUUUCUGACAGUGAAGUGGACAGCAUUGUAAAUGGAGUGCCAAGCACAUCUUCCAAGCCACCUACCAAUGAGAAAAUAAUAUCCAUUCUGGAAGAAAGGCCAUUUACUCAGCCUGAUCCAUAUUCGGAUCACAAUACUUCCCCUCCUAGAGGUGAUGUCCCUCAGACCAACCACUUUCUGGACCAUCAUGGAACUUUGAUCUCAGAUGAUAUUUCUCAAGCUGUUCCCAGUACACACCUUCAGUACCAUGGGAUGGUGCCAAAAAGUACUGAAGAAGAUUUUUCUAUCUCCACCAAAGCCAAUGGAUGGCUGUGGCCUUUGCUCCCAAUUCAGAGGCGAGACCUGCUCCAAAAAGACUUCCCAUUUGUAGCGGAAAAUACACAGUCAUCCAGCAAUGUGGAUCAGGGUAAUCAACAAAAGGAAUGUCCUUCAGGCUGGACCCUUCACAAGAAACAUUGUUAUCUUCUGAAUCCUGAGAGAAAUGAAACCUGGGUAGGAGCUGAAAUGGCCUGUAGGCAAAUGUUUCAUGCUAACUUAGUCAGUAUACAUUCCAAGAAGGAACUAAAAUGGCUUUGGAACUUUGCCAGAAAACAGCCAUUCUGGAUUGGUUUAAUAGAUGAGACUGGUUCUGGAAAAUGGACAUGGACAAAUGGAAGGCUAGUAACUUAUACAAACUGGAUGAAAAGAAAAUUUUCACCAGCUGGAAAUCUGCAAACUAACUGUGCUCUUGUCCGGGACAAGGGCAAAUGGGCUCUGCAACUAAUGCCAGAUUGUAAACUAAAUGAUAUGAUAGGUGCAAUUAAAUUUCCAUUGAUUCGAUGCAUAGAUGCUGUUACGGCCUACUGUGUGUCGUUUCUGGCCUUAGAUUUCAAAUUCAUGGCAUAA